CAUCAGUGUUGUCUGUGUAUUUACUGUAGUAACGCCGUUGGGAGGCGCGUCUAUGGCAACAGAUUUGCCGACACUGUCACGAGCACAAAGCCAUGCAUCUGUACUUAUAUUAGCUGUUGCACCUGCAGUUGUUCUAGAUCUGUCUGGUGCACAAAUGUUUUAAUGAUUGAGUGCAAACUGAAGCGUUUGCCUGCAGCUUUUGUCAUGCUUCACACUGCAGUGUCUGAAUAUGAGCGCAAUCAUCUGUCGACUCUCUCGAGACUUUCUGACGACGAUAUCGGUCAUAUUUGGUCGUGUGUGUCGUGUUUUAUUGAGAAACAGAUGCUCAUGCGGAAGGGGGUUUGUGUCUUCGGUUUGGGGACUUUCACGUUCUUCCAGCAGAAACUCAACCUCGGGACCAAACAUGUUCUCCUACAGAGACCCAUCUUCAUCCUGUCAGAGAAACUCUCUCAGUAUCAUGGAUUUAAACAGAUCAAGCCACAGGCCACAGAUGUGCCGGUGGUGCCGCUCAACUUCUCGGCUCUGAGCGCGGAGGGCCCGUAUGAGCGAGACGCCGUGGAGGGAUGCGUGCGAGAAACCGUUCACCUGCUGCUCCGUGCCGCGGCGACGCGACGGUCUGUCUGUCAUGCUUUUCCUGGGAUCGGAGUUCUUACUUUCCGGCAAAGCCGAGUCAAGAUGACGUUCUACCCUGACUUUAUCUCAGCCUUAGACAGCGCUGGGAGACUUGCAUCAGCUUUAACCAAUAGACCGGAAACGAGUAACUCUGGAGUAUACGAGAGACGCUGCAAUGCGCCGCGGCCUGCAACCUUCAGCGGCGCCACGCUUCCCAGAAUAUCUGCUGGAGAACCUCUGAGAAAAGAGCCACCGACCGAGCCGUCAGCUCCCCGUCAGACUGAUGAUGAUGAUGGCUGGGAAAAUCGGCAACCGGCAGACAAAGCGACUGACCUCACAGAUGGACUGGAGGACCAACGUCCAUCAGACGCUGACAGAGGCGUCGGGGUCUCGCGGCCACCAGACGGCGCUCUCCACAUCAUGACAGUACAGAGGAGCGCUGCGGACGAGCAUCUGAUGUGUCGUGACCACAGACGGGCCGGACAGGAGCUGUGUUACGUCUGCAUGCAGCGAGCGCAGAGAAACAAAGUUCCUUUGUACCAGUCGGAUGAGACGAGGAGGGUCGAGCGGGAACAAGAAAGAGUGUUAAUGCUUCGUGAACAUCAGAAAGAUCUGCAGUAUUUCCAGAAAGAAGAGACGGACAAGCUGAAGAAGCGGGAGGACAGUCAGAGGGUGGCGGCGUUUAAUCUGGGCGUUGCAGAAGCUCAGAGACGCAUGAAGGCGCAGACAUCCAGCCAGUCUCACGGCUCGUACAUCAUUGCGGGUCGACCCUGUACUGCGGACCGCCUGCCGCAGCAGAGACGCCACGUGCAGGAGCUGAUGCAGGAAGCUGCCAGACGCAGACAGACGCAGGCGCAGACGCAGCUGGAACAACAGAGACUGGACAAACUGCGUCUGCUGCAGCUUUCUGAAGAGGUCGCGAAUAAACGAUCUCAGCUGCUUCAUGAGAAACAAGAGAUGGCCAAGAACUACCGGAAGGCACUUGAAGCACAAACGGAUCGCCGUUGUUCAGAAAUCUCUCAGCGGUUUGAGGUGCAGCCCGUGUUUGGGCUGAUGGACUGCAAUCCAGCAGCUUUAGCUGAGCAGAGACGGAGAGCGCAGAACAUCUCUGAAGCACUGAUAAAUACGGCCAACGACAGGAUGAGAGAAAUGCUGGAGAAACGCUUGAACGAGCAGAAGACAGAAAGAGAAAUAAUGCAGAGAGAACACAAAGAAAUGUUAGAAGAGCGAAUCUGUCACUACGAAAGGCUGCGACUUCUGCGGGCCGCGUGCGAGGAGAACUGGCAGCGCAGCGCCGACCUCAAACGCCAGCGAGACCAAGAGGAACUGAACAUCAGGAGGUUUGGUGGUCAAACUCUGACAGACCAACUUGGAAAAUAUGAGCGAUGCCGUCAGUGCAAACGCAACACCGCCAACUGCGGCGAGACUAACAUCUUCAGAGACACGAAUUAUGUGACUGGAGCUCGAUUAAUGCUGUAGACUUCGAGUUUGAACCCAGAUCGUAAGGAUGAGCAAAAUAAUUCAACCAGUGUUUGCUUUUUAUAUCAAGUGUGUGACACAUGGCAUUUAUCGGUUUAACAAAUAGAAUGAACGCUCUCACUAACCAUUGUAUUUGACCAUAACCAUGCAGUAACUGACCACACCUCUCAGGGAAAACAGACGAACGUCCUCAUCCACACGCAGCACAUGUACAGCGAACUGGCAUCAUUUACACAGAGAUGAAAACCAUCGUGUGUUUAUUCUUCAGCACUGAUCUCAUCACAGAUGCAUUUCAGCACUCCAGUUUCAACAUCAAUGAAGAUGAAGAAUGUGACGCGAACUUGCAGAUGCAGAUUUUGUUCUUAUUUGAAAUGUUUUGAGCAGAACUUUGGAGGAACCAUGUAGGGUUAGGGUUUCCCUACUAACCAUUCCCUCGAUGGUUAGUUUAGUAAAGCUUAGAUGUGUGAGGUCGGUCUCAUAGUGUCUGCUGAGGUUCAUGUAGAUGGAGUGUCUUGUGUUGUUGUUAAAGUCCCUCCAGGAAUCGAGCUCUAGAUGUUUUCAUCACAGAUCGCUGAAGCGAUGCACAAAACGGUCUUCCGCAAACGCAGACACAAAUACUGUUGACAUUCUGCUUCCUUCUGGACUCCAUCCAUCAGUCUGAAAAUAACAACAAAAGAAAGUUUGUUUUUUUUAGCUUCUGGAUCACAUUAUAAUCACAUUCCCUGAGAUCAUGAUGUCAUAUUGGAAUAGUUACAAAUGUCAUGAAACGCAUUAAUAUAAAGGGCGAGACAAACCCCUCACUGUACUUUCUUCUCUUGACCGCACAACACAAACACCUUAAACGGAUGGCUGUGCUCUUUUCAAUCUUGUAAUUUCAUCUCAAUUCAUCUCAACUUUUGAGGCUUAUUAACGUGAUUUUGUGUCUCUGGAAGACGGUGAUUAAUGACUCUCCAUUGAAUUUCAAAGGUCUUGUUAAUGACGGACAUGUUCAUGUUCAUGUUCUUAGAUUUGUGAAGUACCACAAAGGAAUGUUUUACUGGGAUUCUGCUUUGUCAACAGUUCUCCAAUUAUUCAACAAAAUUGACAAUAUUUUUUAAAAUAGACUAGUUGAUUUAGUAUAUUAUUUCCAUUUAUUUUCAGAUAUAUAAAGACAAGUCAUUCGCACAGUCUGUAAACGUUUACGGCCCGUUUACUUUUCUCCCCGGACAGAGCACAGUAUGUUGUAAAAGAAAACACACAUUGUUCUUGUGUGAAAUUGACACUGCGAUUGAGAGUGUUUUGUAAUCGUGGACUCGUAUAUACUGUACAUCUGUGCUAAAAGUGAAUAAAGCCCAAAGAAGCAAAGUUAAAUUCACACAUGAAUACAUGGUCAAGCAAAUGCACAAAACAAAUAUUCUACACUCCACCCAGUGUAUUUUCAUAAACGCUCUGCUGAGAGCAAAUUAAGGAAAUGUAGAGCGAAUAUGAGAGCGUGUGGACAGCUGUUCCACUUUCCCAAGACACCAGAUCAAAUUGAUAUCCCACAUUUAUUGAGCAACACUUCAGCCAGAGUCAGUUCCUGAUUCCAGAUGUUCAAAACACACUGAAGAAGCCAAUAAACCACAGAACCGCUUCUGUACUAAACACCAGCAGAUAACCCUGACAAACAAUCCCAUAUUUGAAAUGAUUUUUUAGAUAAUUUGUAUUUAAUCUCUGACCAUCUAAUGCUCCUUUAAGUCUAAAACCGCAUUUUCAGCUGUGUGUUUGCAUGCGUUGAGAGAGUGAAGCAGGACAGAUGCAGAGAGACGUCUGCAUACACUCGUCAUGAGCUCAUCGGACUGUUAUCUCAGUCCAAAAACACAGAAGAGAGACGAGACGAGUCCACAGACCGUACAGCUGCCGCAGGCUAAUGCGCCACCAGGCUUUAUAAGCUCUCACGUGAACAGGAGUCCAGCCUAUAAGACAUUAAAAGUCAUCUCAAAGAGGUUAGAGGUCACAGCACACAUUCUGUUCACAUGUGAUUUUAUGAACCACAGGGGACAGAAGUGACUCAUGAAGUUCAGUGAGGUUGAGGAGAAACACACACAAACGCGCGCACACACACACACGGUUUGAGUCAUCAGUAAACAAACACAU